AUGUGUCUCAACCUAUGUGGGAGAGCAGAUGUUGAAAUAAAUGUUCUGUCUCUCACCACCUCAGCACAUAAGCCUUCCAACACCCUGAAGCUAACUUGGACGGCAGCACACCCUCCAGCAGCCAGAGAGAUGAACCAAAUGUACACUCGGCCAGCCAGCUCCGACAGAGAAUUUGCCAAAGCCCUUAAGCUGUUCUACCACAGCAUGAACCGAGCAAGAGCGCAGCUUCUCCGACUGAGACAAGAGAAACCGCCUGAGGAAGAUGAAAUGCUUCGACCGUUCGUCCAGCAACAGGCACAGAGGUUAAAGGACUUGGGAGACGUGCUGGAGUCCAGCUUGCGGAGGCUGAAAAACGAUGUCGCCGUCAUCGUGAAAAAGAAGAGGGCGAGUUUGCCGCACGCAGAAUAGCGCGGACGCAGCCGCCGACAACCCCUGAGCUCUGGGCGAAGCUCCCCGGCGCAGCCUGAUUAACUCGGCUACCCGAGCUGCGCUUGCGCCAUGGGCUCAACGCACUCCAGUCAUUUCUUGGGCCGCUUCUGUCCUUCAGUUUGAUUUACAGUCACGUAGAGAUGAAUCCACACGCAGGGCGAAGGUGGGCUGGGAGACAGGAGGUCUUGGGGGGGGGUGGUUAGCAGUCUGCGCGCUGGCCCCGGACUGUCUGGGGCUCAGUCCUCUCAUCUGUCACUUCCCGACUGGAGCUGGAGGCAAACGCCCCCUGCCCCCCUCCAGCCUCUGUUCCCUGUUAGGCGAAAUGAGAGCAGCACUAACUGCAGAUGGGUAACGGAUGCAAAGCACCUGUAAAGCACUUAGCACAGCACCCUGGGCUGGGAAAAGCACUUAGCACAGCACCCUGGGCUGAGAAAAGCCUUAGCUCAGCACCCGGGCUGGGAAGCACUUAGCACAGCACCCCACAAACCAAAGCAGCUGAUAAGCAUCUGCCAUUGAUAUUUUGGUGGUAAACAGUUUGAAAGUUCAAAUAAAGCUGUUGUGAUGAA